AUGAGUGAUGUCCUGUGGAUGGGAUACUAUGCUCAUAGAGGGGUCUUUCGUAUCGUUCCUUUGGAGGCAAGCACCAAGCUCGAUGGAAAUGGUUUCUUGGGGACAGAUGGCUGGAUGCCCGGUGACUACGGAGCCUUGGAGUCUGUGUGGACCCUUGACGGGAACUGGUCCCCGGACGGUACUCUCUAUGACCCUCCAUGCACGGAGGCUGCAGCUGGAACCAAGUAUUAG